UUUCUAUACGCAGCCCAUCCCCGCCCUCACUCCACCCAUAAUCCUCCGCGGCACGCCGGGGUCCAUUCUUCUCCACCGUUCAACAUGUUCAUGCCGGAGGGUCCGUUAAGCGUGUUCGGCCAAAGAACGAGCGGCGAGUCCGUUCGGAGUCAAAAUGUCAUGGCCGCUGCAUCCAUCGCAAACAUUGUGAAGAGCUCUCUCGGACCUGUCGGACUCGACAAGAUGUUAGUGGAUGACAUCGGUGAUGUGACCAUAACCAAUGAUGGUGCCACCAUUCUGAAGCUCUUGGAGGUGGAGCACCCAGCAGCAAAGGUCCUUUGUGAACUUGCAGAACUGCAGGAUAAGGAGGUUGGAGAUGGCACGACAUCAGUGGUGAUCAUUGCUGCUGAACUUCUAAAGAGCGCAGAUGAACUGGUGAAACAGAAGAUCCACCCCACCUCCGUCAUCAGCGGAUACAGGCUGGCCUGCAAGGAAGCAGUGAGGUACAUCAAUGAGAAUCUGACCAUCAGCACAGAUGACCUGGGCAGAGAGUGUCUUAUUAAUGCUGCUAAGACUUCCAUGUCUUCCAAGAUCAUCGGAGUUGAUGCAGAUUUCUUUGCUAACAUCGUGGUGGAUGCAGCCCUGGCUGUGAAGUUUGUUGAUGGUAAAGGUGUGGCUCGCUAUCCCAUCAACUCUGUGAAUGUACUGAAGGCCCACGGACGCAGUCAGAAAGAGAGUUUCCUUGUCAAUGGAUAUGCUCUUAACUGCACCGUCGGAUCACAAGGCAUGGUGAAGCGUGUGUCCAACGCUAAGAUAGCCUGUCUGGACUUCAGCCUGCAGAAGACCAAGAUGAAGCUGGGUGUUCAGGUGGUCAUCAAUGAUCCAGACAAGCUUGAUCAAAUCAGACAGAGGGAAUCGGACAUUACUAAGGAACGCAUUCAGAAGAUCCUGGCAUCAGGGGCAAAUGUAAUCCUAACUACAGGAGGCAUUGAUGAUAUGUGUCUGAAGUAUUUUGUGGAUGUUGGAGCUAUGGCAGUGAGGAGAGUGCUGAAGAGGGACCUUAAACGCAUCGCCAAAUCAACUGGAGCCACAGUUUGCUCGUCUCUGUCUAACCUGGAGGGCGAGGAGACGUUUGAGGCGUCUAUGCUGGGUCAGGCAGAGGAGGUGCUGCAGGAGAGAGUGUGCGAUGAUGAACUUAUCCUCAUCAAAAACACAAAGGCACGAACAUCUGCCUCUAUCGUCUUGCGUGGGGCGAAUGAUUUCAUGUGUGAUGAGAUGGAGCGCUCGCUGCAUGAUGCUCUGUGUGUGGUGAAGAGGGUGCUGGAGUCAAAGUCAGUGGUGCCAGGAGGUGGCGCUGUGGAGGCUGCUCUGUCUAUUUAUCUGGAGAACUAUGCUACAAGCAUGGGCUCUCGUGAGCAGCUGGCUAUUGCUGAAUUUGCUCGCGCUCUGCUCGUCAUUCCUAAAACUUUGGCAGUCAACGCUGCACAAGACUCCACCGACCUGGUUGCCAAACUCCGAGCCUUCCACAAUGAGGCUCAGGUCAACCCUGAACGCAAGAACCUCAAAUGGAUCGGGUUAGACCUGGUCAAUGGAAAGCCAAGAGACAACAAACAGGCCGGUGUGUAUGAACCCACAAUGGUUAAAACAAAGAGUCUGAAGUUCGCCACAGAGGCAGCUAUCACCAUCCUUCGAAUCGAUGACCUUAUCAAGCUCUUCCCUGAGCAAAAAGAGGGCGGGUCCUCAUACCAAGAUGCUAUCCAAUCAGGCUCUCUGGAAGGCUAAAAGCCAUUUGCAUUUAAUCUGGUAUCAUCCACUCAGCUUUGUAUUUAUAUUUAAAUAUAAUCGAUGAGCUGUUAGUGUCGACCAUGCACUUUGUUUGCGUUACUUAUUUUUUCUAAUAUGGUUCAUGUUACUUUUUGACAUGUAAUGUAACAUGUUUCUGUUUUCCCAUUUCAACCACAAUAAACCAGAAUGAUGGUGGGCAACCACUGAUUUGUGUAACUCA